CAUCACAACACAACUCCAGCAGCAAUGAAACUUGUACACUUUGACUUCUUCAACACUUGGAGACACUUUACAGGGAUAAAACCCCACCCGGACGACUAGUCUGCUCAUGGAGAGCCGCUGAGAUCCCCGCUGCCGGCGGUCCAGUGCUUAUAAACACUGGACUUUUAUUCUAUGUUCUCUUUCCUGGGCUAGCCGGUCAUGCUAGUUAGCCUGCGUCUGGUAACAAGAUAAACACAAACUGUACCCUGUAUAUUUUCAUGUUUCAUUGAUGUGGAUUAAUCACGGGCUCGUGGAGCCAGUCUCGCGACGUAAAAGUCGUACGGUCGCGUAUGGCAGCGUUUCUGCAGUUUUGUCCAUGAAUUAUGUAUGCAGCUUGAUAUUAGCUGACGCUAACUGAAAGAAUAACAGGGGGCUUUCUCUUGUUUCGGAUAUGAUUUGUGGGGACCCGCGGUGCGAGACGCGUUAGAUUCGGGCUUUGUGAGUGAUUUGAGGAACUCUUUGUUCGGGAGAGGAAGAGGAAAAUGAGGAAGAGGAAGGUGAUGGUGAUGAAGAUCAGCUCGAAAGGGAACUGCUGAUUAUAAACAGACACUUUCAGAAAAAUGCCUAGAAGAAAACAGUCUAACCCACAGCCUGUGAAAUUGGGAGCUGAAGAUGGGGCGGCAGUCGGAAAUCAGGAAAACCUGGUUCUGGAGAGCGACUUCCUCCUGGGACAGGAACUGGGCUUUGGAGAAAAUGACUACAGGAUCGUGGGUUUUGAGAGGGACUCGGACUCCGUCACGGCUGAUAUGGGAAUGCCAGUGUACGGCUUCAGCGACGAGGACUGCUCCAGCUACAACCGUCUCAGCAUGGAGAGCGACUUCGAGGACCCGCGGGACACGGAGAGCGAGCGGGAGGAGAUGGGCCCCGACGCGGCGUUCGCCCCGUACCUCUCCUGCAGGCAGUGCGGUCAGCUGCUGGGCGACCCGCUGAGCGGAGCGCUGGACCUCGCCGCCGGACUCUACUGCCUCCAGUGCGGCGCCGAGGGCGGAGACACCGACCGGCUGGACCGUCCGUCCGAGGAGGCCCACCCGGCGGACGCCGCGCAGGGCAAGCUGAACCGCGGCAGAUCCACGCCCGACGGAGGCUCGGGUAAAACGUACUCCUGCAAGCUGUGCAGCUUCAGCUCGCGCUACUCCAAUCACCUGAAGAGGCACAUGAAGACGCACAAUGGCGAGAAGCCCUACCGCUGCCAGCAGUGCUCCUACGCCUCCGCCCAGCUGGUCAACCUGCAGCGGCACGUGCGCACGCACACGGGCGAGAAGCCCUACAAAUGCGAGUUCUGCACCUUCGCUUGCAACUCUCUGGGAAACCUGAAGAGGCACCAGCGCAUGCACACGCAGGAGAAGGACCUCAACUGCGCUCAGUGCGACUUCAGAGCCAACAACAGCCACUCCUUGAAGAAACACGUGAUGAGCGCCUUCACGGAAGAGUCUGUGGUGUCUGACCUGACUCUGCACAUCAGCAGCGACCCCGACUUCCUCCAAAGCUACGACGCCCGCCACCCCCCCGCCCUGCUGCACGCCGAGGGUCUGGCCAAAGAGUCGGACCCCCUGCCCGAGCUGCUAUUCCCCUUCACGUGCCGCGUGUGCGGAGCGGUGCUGGAGGACGAGGAGGGCACGGCGGCUCAGAUCUGCAGCAAAUGCACACUGGACAUGCUGUCCAAAAGCUCGCCGAGCAGCCCGGAGAAAGGCGACAAGCUGUACUCGUGCACGUCGUGUCCGUUCGUCACGCAGUACCCCAACCACCUCGCGCGGCACAUGAAGACUCACAGCGGAGAGAAGCCCUACAAGUGCCCGCAGUGCAAUUACGCCUCCGCCCACUUCGACAACCUCAAGCGGCACCACCGCGUCCACACGGGCGAGAAGCCCUACAAGUGCCGCGCGUGCGACUACGCCUGCGGGAACCUGGCCAACCUGAAGCGGCACGAGCGCAUCCACUCGGGCGCCAAGCCCUUCCAGUGCAGCGUGUGCAGCUACAGCUGCAACCAGAGCAUGAACCUGAAACGCCACAUGCUGCGGCACACCGGAGAGAAGCCCUUCAAGUGCCAGGAGUGCGGAUACACCACGGGCCACUGGGACAAUUACAAACGCCACCAGAAGAAGCACGGCCACUCCGCCGAAGGCUGGAUCAAGAUGCAGCUGCCGGAGAAAGAGGAAGAGGAGGAGGAAGGAGAAAUGUAGUGGGAGCUCUCGGUGAUGUCUAACUCCAGUUGCCUUAUCGUUAUUGUUAUUCCUGUUGUUGCGUUCGGAGGAAUCCGUGUGGUGAUGGUGUGUCGCGACAGGGCCGGCGUGCUGAUUUUUAUUUUAUUUUUCACUUGAUUGUAUUUUGUCCAACUGUUUACAGCAGCUGAUUUCAAUCACAGAAUCAGAGGUUUGCAGUUUAAGGUCGUCAUCUUGAACUGAAAGAGCACAUUUCUGCAACACCGGGUGAAUCUCACAGAAAUCUAACAGGCUGUAUUUCACCCUACUAUUAAGGAAAAAAACAUGAAGUUAUACUUUGCAUGAAAAAAUGAGGUUUGUUUUAUGUUAUUUUUUUAAUUGAAUCAACCGUGUAAUAAGCUUAAGAUCGUAAUGGUAAAUAGCGAAAUUAUUUUUUACAUUAGUUUCAAUCAGUUUCAAUUUUUUUUUUUUUAUUUUUAGGUUUUAAGAAUGAGGCAUGUUUCUUAUGAGCAUUGAGAUUUGUUUUAUUUUGCAUUUU